CCGCCGCCGCCGCCGCCGCCCCCGGGGCAUGGCCUGUCUGAUGGCCGCUUUCUCGGUCGGCACCGCCAUGACUGCCAGCAGCUACUCUGCAGCAAUGACAGAGCCCAAGUCCGUGUGCGUGUCGGUGGACGAGGUUGUGUCCAGCAACGUGGAUGACGUGGAGACAGACCUGCUAAACGGGCACCUGAAAAAGGUGGACAAUAACCUCACGGAGGCCCAGCGCUUUUCCUCCCUGCCUCGGAGGGCAGCUGUGAACAUCGAAUUCAAGGACCUUUCCUACUCUGUUCCCGAGGGACCCUGGUGGCGGAAGAAAGGAUACAAGACCCUUUUGAAAGGGAUCUCUGGGAAAUUCAACAGUGGAGAGCUGGUGGCCAUUAUGGGUCCUUCUGGAGCCGGGAAGUCCACACUCAUGAACAUUCUGGCAGGAUACAGAGAGACUGGCAUGAAGGGGGCAGUCCUCAUCAAUGGCAUGCCCCGGGACCUGCGCUGCUUCCGGAAGGUCUCGUGCUACAUCAUGCAGGAUGAUAUGCUGCUGCCUCACCUCACUGUUCAGGAGGCCAUGAUGGUGUCUGCGCAUCUAAAGUUGCAGGAGAAGGAUGAAGGCAGACGGGAGAUGGUCAAGGAGAUCCUGACAGCAUUGGGCUUGUUGCCCUGUGCCAACACGCGCACGGGGAGCCUAUCGGGUGGCCAGCGGAAACGCCUGGCCAUUGCCCUGGAACUGGUCAACAACCCUCCUGUCAUGUUCUUUGAUGAGCCCACCAGUGGCCUGGACAGUGCCUCCUGCUUCCAGGUGGUGUCCCUGAUGAAAGGGCUGGCCCAGGGUGGCCGCUCCAUCGUCUGUACCAUCCACCAACCCAGCGCCAAGCUCUUUGAGCUCUUUGACCAGCUUUAUGUCCUGAGUCAAGGACAGUGCGUAUACCGGGGAAAGGUCUCGAAUCUCGUGCCAUAUCUGAGGGAUUUGGGUCUGAACUGCCCUACCUACCACAACCCUGCAGACUUUGUCAUGGAAGUGGCAUCAGGAGAGUACGGCGACCAGAACAGCCGCCUGGUGAGAGCCGUGCGGGAGGGCAUGUGUGACUCUGACUAUAAGAGAGAUCUCGGAGGCGACACAGACGUGAACCCAUUUCUUUGGCACCGGCCUGCUGAAGAGGACUCUGCCUCCAUGGAAGGCUGUCACAGCUUCUCGGCCAGCUGCCUCACCCAGUUCUGCAUCCUCUUCAAGAGGACCUUCCUCAGCAUCAUGCGGGACUCGGUCCUGACACACCUGCGAAUCACCUCCCACAUCGGCAUCGGCCUCCUCAUUGGCCUGCUGUACCUGGGGAUCGGGAACGAAGCCAAGAAGGUCCUGAGCAACUCCGGCUUCCUGUUCUUCUCCAUGCUGUUCCUCAUGUUCGCGGCCCUCAUGCCCACCGUUCUGACCUUUCCCCUGGAGAUGAGUGUCUUCCUCCGAGAGCACCUGAACUACUGGUACAGCCUGAAGGCCUACUACCUGGCCAAGACCAUGGCUGAUGUCCCCUUCCAGAUCAUGUUCCCCGUGGCCUACUGCAGCAUCGUGUACUGGAUGACAUCGCAGCCAUCAGACGCUGUGCGCUUUGUACUCUUUGCCGCUCUGGGCACCAUGACCUCACUCGUGGCCCAGUCCUUGGGCCUGCUGAUUGGAGCUGCCUCCACAUCCCUGCAGGUGGCGACAUUUGUGGGACCCGUGACAGCCAUUCCUGUCCUGCUUUUCUCCGGAUUCUUCGUCAGCUUUGACACGAUCCCAGCCUACCUGCAGUGGAUGUCCUACAUUUCCUAUGUCAGAUACGGCUUCGAGGGGGUCAUCCUCUCCAUCUACGGCUUGGACCGGGAGGAUCUGCACUGCGACAUUGCUGAGACGUGCCACUUCCAGAAGUCAGAGGCCAUCCUGCGGGAGCUGGACGUGGAGAACGCGAAGCUAUACCUGGACUUCAUCGUCCUGGGCAUCUUCUUCAUCUCCCUGAGGCUCAUUGCCUAUUUUGUCCUGAGAUACAAAAUCCGGGCCGAGAGGUAAAACCCCUGCAGGGGUUUGCAGCGAGGCAAAGCAGACAUUGUGACCAAGGGCACCGCUGGGCGGCAGCAGUGCACAUGCUCCUGGUGACACAGACUCUCCCAACCCAACCUGGAGCCCAUGCAGGUCGAUGGCAACCAGUGUUCAGCGCCUCUGCCCGCCCAGUUGGAACUGUUUUCAUUUCCUUUUCUAACUAGGAAGACGUAGGGCAGUUGGGGUUUUUUGUUUUUUGUUUUUUUUACAUGAGGGAUUCAAAACACAGCUGGCACAGAAUGCUGUCCUCUGAUCCAGCUGGGGACAAGAGGCUUCCUCGGUAGAGUCUUCCUGGAGUCCAGGGCACCUUGGCCCUGGAUGGAGGAGGUGUUGGCCACGUUGGUCCUCAGAGAGGUGGAUGUCUUAGGGGGAAAGUCCACGCAAGGUGGGAUUCCGUCCGCUUGAUGACUUUUUGUUCCUUAUGGUUUCUUUCAUCUUUCUAAAGUUCAUCUCAUUUAUGAUGAAGUCAAUUUCCGAGCCAAAGUCGAUAAAUUUCAUCCAUUUUUGAGAGAUUGUAUCUUUUUAGUACUUUUUGAGGACUUAUUCAGGGUAGAAGGUAUGUUUUGCUUAGAAAUGGGAGAAGCCCACACAGCCACCGAGUGGGGCUCAUAGCCACAGCCACAGAAGGUCAAACGCCGGCUC